AUGUUGCAACUUGUCAGCAACCUUGAUGGAUAUAACAGGAAAGAUUUUUGGUUUAUCGAAAAAUUUCAGUUUUCUGACUUUUACGAUCCUUAUAUCAAUGCAACCGAGGCAAUUCCGACAUUCUUUCUCUAUGCGCAUGUCUUUCAAAAAGAUAUUCUGGGCCUCGCCGUGGAUCGUAAUGUUUCUCGACUUCAACUGCGAUUCCAUAGACCGCCUGGAGGACCGAUAGAUCUAUCAAUGGUGGUGAUAUGUUUCCUUGCCUUUGGAUGUGUAUCGGGAGGAGGCGUGUGGGCAUUCUUCCGGCACAGAGCCGGAAAGGACAAGUCGAUUGUCAAUAGAGCCCCAGCUGCAGCCGACUCACCUCAACCAGAUUCAAGUGGAUGCUCAAAUUUCCUUGCCAUUCUUAUCUUGAUGAUUAUUCUCGUUGGUAUUCUCAUGAUUGGAUUCUUUUUCCGUCCCGUUCUGGUUACUUUUUUCAACGUGAUGCUGGUUUUGUUUGGAUCAAUAAGUGUCUAUGCUUGUAUAAUGGCAGUGCUUUCAAAUAUGUCAUUCUGCGAAUGCUGUUAUUCAACGUUGUUCACUUGGAUUCCUCAUCAUCGU